UAACAAUGUACGUACGUGUUUGUACGAGAAGGUUGUCUCCAUCUACCGCCGCUCCACUGUUACUUACUAUUCAAAAUUCUCGUUUUCACUCUUACAAAAAACUUGUUGGUUUUCUGUAAAUCAGAGUUCGCUUCAAAUAAAAGUUGUGGGUUUUUGUUCUAGCUGAAAUUGUAUCACAAAACACAGGAAAGAGCUUAAAAUGAAGGUUCAUGAGACAAGAUCAACUGCUCAUUCUUCUGGUCAUGAGGAGAAGAAGGUGACAAGGAAGCAAAAGGCAGAGGGAAAGGCACCUGAAUCUGACCAGUCGCCAAAGAAGGCCAAAACCGAGGGCGAGAAUGACCAGACAAAUAGGAAAUCAACUGACAAUUUUAAAGCAGAAUUUGAAAAAUUUUGUAAGAAAACAAGUGAGCAUCUUUCGAUUCAGCAGAUGCGCAAAAUUUUGGAAGCCAAUGACCAGGAUUCAUCUGGCUCGGAUGAUGCUGUUGUCCCCAGAUGCCAAGAUAUAUUGUUUUAUGGGCCACUAGACAAAUGUAUGAUCUGUGGUGGAACUUUGGAGUUGUCUGAUAUGAAUGAUAUGACCUUCUCGUGUAAAGGGUCAUAUAGUGAAUGGACCAUUUGCACCUACAACACUUCGGAUCCACCAAGAAAAGAUGAGCCAGUGAAAUUACCUGAGUCUGUCCAAGAAUCUGAUAUAUCUGAUUUGCUGAAAAAGCACCAUGAUCCUGAAUCACGCAAUAAGAGAGAGGCUUCGACUCCUGCUGAAAAACCUUUUAAGGGAAUGAUGAUUUCUCUUUCAGGCCGUCUAAGUCGAACACAUCAAUUCUGGAAGUCACAGAUUGAGAAGCAUGGUGGGAAAGUCAGCAACUCUAUUAUUGGGGCAACUUGCUUAGUUGUGUCUCCAGCAGAGAGGGAGCGUGGAGGAUCAUCGAAAUUGGCCGAAGCAUUGGAGAGGGGUAUACCAGUCGUAAGGGAAGCUUGGUUAAUUGACAGCAUUGAGGAAAAAGAAGCUCAACCUUUAGAGGCUUAUGAUAUAGCUAGUGAUAUUGCUGUUGCUGGGAGAGGCAUUCCUUUGGAUAAAAUGGAUGAGAGUGAAGAGGCACUGGAAACUAUUACUGCUGAGCUUAAGGUGUAUGGAAAGAGGGGUGUUCACAAGGAUACCAAGUUGCAGGAUGAAGGUGGACAGAUCCUCGAUGAGGAUGGUAUUCUAUACAAUUGUGCUUUCUCUGUCUCUGAUGCAGGGCGACAAGUGAACGAUUUUUGCAUCAUGCAACUGAUAACAUUACCUGAGAAACCCUUGAACAUGUAUUAUAAGAGGGGAAGAAUUGGUGAUGAUGCCAGAACGGAGGAAAGGCUGGAGGAAUGGGACAAUAUCAAUAACGCAUUGAAAGAGUUCACUAAGCAAUUUGAAGAGUUGACUGGAAAUGAAUUUGAACCAUGGGAGAGGGAGAAGAAAAUCCAGAAAAAGCCACGGAAAUUUUUUCCUAUUGACAUGGCCGAUGGAGUAGAAGUUAGACAUGGGGGUCUUGGCCUUAGGCAGCUAGGAAUUGCAGUGGCUCAUUGCAUGCUCGAGCCAAAGGUGGGAAAUUUUAUGAAGGUCCUCUGUGGUCAGGAGAUUUACAGGUAUGCUUUAAUGGAGAUGGCACUAGAUGUUCCUGAUCUCCCAGUGGGUAUGCUCAGUGACAUGCACUUGAAAAGAUGUGAAGAUGUUCUUCUGGAAUUCGUAGAGAGGCUAAAGUCUCAAAAAGAAACCGGUGAAAAAGCGGACGCUCUGUGGUCUGAUUUCAGUCAAAGAUGGUUUACGCUGAUGCCUUCUACCAGGCCUUACAUUUUCCAUGAUUUUAGUGAUGUUGCUGAUCACGCUGCAGCUGCAUUUGAGACCGUCAGAGAUAUUACUGUAGCCUCGCAUCUUAUAGGAGACAUGUCUGGUUCUACUAUUGAUGAUCCUCUCUUUGACCGGUAUAAGAAGUUGGGUUGCUCUAUAUCUCCAUUGGAGAAAGACACAAAUGAUUACAAGAUGAUAGCAAAUUAUCUGGAGAAAACUUAUGAACCUGUCAAAGUUGGACAAAUUAGUUAUGGAGUAUCACUUGACAAUAUAUUCACUGUUGAAUCAAGUGCUUGCCCCUCCCUGGAUGAAAUCAAGAAACUACCAAACAAAGUAUUGCUGUGGUGUGGUACCCGCAGUUCAAAUCUGUUGCGGCAUCUGCAGAAAGGAUUCUUGCCAGCAGUAUGUGCUCUACCAGUCCCGGGGUACAUGUUUGGAAAGGCCAUAGUUUGCUCCGAUGCUGCAGCAGAAGCAACCAGGUAUGGCUUCACAGCAGUGGACAGGCCCGAAGGCUUCUUGAUUCUGGCUGUUGCAUCCUUGGGUGAACAGAUUACUGAACUCACAAGUCCACCAGAGGAUUUGAAGUCUUUAGAAGAGAAGAAACUCGGGGUGAAAGGAUUUGGUAGGAAGAAAACAGAUGAAUCAGAGCACUUUGUUUGGAAGGAUGACAUAAAAGUACCCUGUGGAAAACUGAUCCCGUCAUCACAGCACAAGGACAGUCCUCUAGAAUAUAAUGAAUAUGCCGUCUAUGAUCCCAAACAGGUGAGCAUAAGGUUUCUGGUGUCAGUGAAGUUUGAGGAGGAGAUCGUGGAAUACGACGUAGAAGAAUGAGAAAACUGGAGGGGAACAGCUGGGAGAAGGGAAGCCUAUUUUGGGAUGCAAGGCAGAGAAGGGUUGUAUAUAUGUUUGGGAUCCACUUGCUAACAAUGGAAUUUUGAGUUGGAUUUUGACUGUGGUUUAGUACAAGUUCCAAAUGAUGGCUUGUUUUUCUUUUUGUAGUCAUUCUCUGAUGUUCAUGACAAUCGAAGUAGUAUGUAGGAUGGUCUUAGUUGUAAAAAGUGUAUAAUCUUCUGUUCUAAUGUUCUGCAUAUGCUGUUGUGAAUGGAGUGUAAUUCUUGAGUUGCGUUGAGUCGUCCAA